AUGUCUCAAACUUUAUAUUUCAGCGUUCUUCUCAUCGCUCUCUGUUCAUUAUCUGAAUGCAUUCAGCGCCGCUAUCAUCAUAUAAACUUAGAGAUGACCUGGACUAAGGCUCAGAAAUACUGCAGAGAGAAAUACACAGAUCUGGCCACAGUCAACAACAUGAACGACAUCUUUCAACUGAUGAAGAGUGUGGAUAACAGUAAGAUUUCAUUUGUCUGGAUUGGACUGAAGAGAUCAGAUGUUUAUAAAUGGAAGUGGUCUCUGGGUGAUCCUGUGAAAUAUACAAACUGGUCUAAUGGAGACUCAAAUGGUCCAGAUGAUUGUGUUUAUAUGAGAGAUGGAUCAUGGCAUCAUCAGCACUGUAAUAUGAACAAGAGAUUCAUCUGCUACAAUGAUAAUCUGAAAUUGAUGCAGAUGAAUCUGAGCUGGUCUGAAGCUCUAAAAUACUGCAGAGAGAAUCAUGUGGAUCUGGUUUCAGUUGAUUCAGAGAAGAUUCAGUUCAUGGUGACUAAAGUGAUUCAUCAGUCCUCUACUGACGCUGUGUGGAUGGGGUUACGUCACUCCUGUGCUGUUGGUCUUUGGUUCUGGGUGAAUGGAGAGAUGGUCUGCAAUCAGAAUUGGGCUCCAGGGAACGGGACAUCAGAUGCGAAUUGUGACACUGUAAAAUCUGGAGCAGUUCAGUCUGGAGGAGAUCAUCUCUGGAUCAGCCUUCCUGAAUCUCAACGACUCAACUUCAUCUGCAUCAGAAAAUAAUCAAAUCACUUAUGUCUAUAACUUCCUUUUUGUUCUUUGUUAAUUAUUGAUUUUCAGUUAUGUUAUGAUUUAUUCUUUAGCAAAGGGGCAAUGGAAAAGUUGAUGAGAAUAAAUACAACUUGCAUUGUGUCAUCUCAAACUAAUCUCUCAUAUCAUUCUAAGGAUAUUUUCAUUAAUGAUUUUCUAUAGUAAUAAACAGUAGGCCUAUGUCUUAUUUUAGUUUUUUUAAUCUUGUUUCAUAUGUGUUUUUUUUUAUUGUAUUUAUUAAAAAUAAAUGUUUCUUCAGUUUAUUUGGCAUAAAAAGUAGCAUUAAAACUCCAUUACACUUCGUUGAGCAUAACACAAUAAAAUUGCAAUCACUUAU